AUGACUUCUUCCUUUCGAGUGCUUCUCUUUCUCUUUCUCUUUCUCCUCCGCGAAGCCAAUCGUUGAUCCUUUCGAGCUUGAGAGGUUUCAUUUCUGAUUGAGCAUAAUAAUGAUUUCAUUGAGUCCAGCUGCUGCUCCUUCACUCACAGCGGUACCCAAGAAAACUCUAGGAGGAAAAAACAGUGGCCUGGGCCAGAAACAGAAACUUCAAAUUACAAAAUCAGGAUUGGUAGUGCCUAGUGUGCAACUUCAAUUGUUCCAUCAUGGACCAACUUCAUAUGGUCGGCAUUCUGCUGCAAUGAUUUGUGCUGCGUCUUUGAAUGCUAGGUGUGGUGCAGAGCAAACCCAGACAGUGACACGUCAAUCAUCAACAAUUACAAUUGCACCAAUUCAAGGCAAGGAGAAAUCGCCUGAACUUGAUGAUGGGGGCACUGGAUUCCCGCCACGUGACGAUGAUGAUGGCGGUGGAGGCGGUGGUGGCGGAGGGGGCCCUGGCUGGUCUGGUGGCUUCUUCUUCUUUGGUUUUCUUGCAUUUCUGGGCAUGCUAAAGGAUAAAGAGAGCGAGGGGCCCUACAGAGACACUAGCCGGCGGUGAUCAGUCAUUCUUCCAAAUUACUCAGAUAUGCGUGUAUUUCCGGCCGUUCUUAAUGUACUAAACUAAACAAUGACAUAUUAUAGUACUUGUAACGAGAUUAUUCUUGCACUAUGAAAAAUGUUUAUUUGUUCAAGUGUUGGCUUGAUAGCAUAAGUGCUUCAUGCAUUCCAACUUCUA